UAUGAACUCAAAUUCUCCAAUUAGUGAACUCUGGAACGAUGCUUCAUGAAAUGUUGCUGAAGAUUACAAUGAGUCCCCUAACACAAACUGUGUUUAUAAAUGGGACAACAAAGCAAGUGUGCUUGCUAAUAACAAGAAUCCUUUGGUUUAUCGAUUAGGUGUUGGCCUCACCACUGAAGACUUGAAGGCUAAAAGUUUCAAUCUCUCCCAUGAAAACUCAGAGUGUAGAGCAAUGACUCCUUGACCUAAAUUUCUAAAGCAAAGAGCUCGUAUUGCUUCUUCUCCUAUUGGGAUUAAUGGUCGAUUCUUGGAGGUUUCGAAAUUUCAUAAAGUGUCAGUAUCGAGGGAAAGCUCUCCUAGUGUUUUUGAGAGUAAAGAUGAAAGCUCUGCAAGUUGGAAAGAAAGAUGAAAGGAGGUUCAAAAUAGAUGCUCAAUAAAGAUUCUUGAGAUCCUCAAUAAAGAUGCUUAAGACCCUCAAUCCUGAACCAAAAGUGUUCGCCUUGCGAUUCAUUAAUUUCUAAUAAAUUUGUCAUA